UUCCUUUUCGAUGAAAGCUGUCAGAAAGUUCAUCAUGCACGAUGCGUUGAAAUGCCUUGCGCUCUCGACAGACACCACGAUACCCGCUGGCUGACUGACCCGUUUAGCUGGACGGACCGUUUCUGCGAUGUGAGCGUGAAUAAUUAUAUGAGAGCGAGAGAGAUAAUUCCACCUGACUCUCUUCCGAGACCGUCCACCCCUGAAGCUAAGGAAGACAUCCCGAGAGAGUGUAAAGGUAUGUAGACUAGCCCAAUCCUCUAUUAGUUGAUGACAACAGUAACAUUACCGGUAGCCUCCUGGGCUGUUGCCACUGGAAAAAGUUAUUCCGAGUUAUUGCGUUGAUUGUUUUGUGUAACUGCUUGGUGUAAUGACGCUACAUGAAAUAGCCAGAAUGAGAGGCAGAAGCUGACACCUGGAGAAAUACAAGAGCGGCGGAACAAGGCUACCCAUAGCUGUCUCUCUGCCUGGUGGAAUUACGCACGAUGGAUCAGGAAGAAUACUUUCUAGACUUCAAGUCCUUGAGGGCAAAGUUCCAGGAUGAGGAAGUGUUGCUGCUGAAGCAGCCCGGGACCAAAUCUGCUCUCCCUGAGAAACCUAAAGUCCUGCCUCCUCCUCACAGCCCUACACACUGCCUUCCUUCCCUCAGCUCCACAUCACACACACCCUCCAACUCGCACUCCCUACCGCGCAGUGCUCAACCUUCCCUCCUCUCCUCCCUUCAGGGGCCGGGUGGCAUCGCAUCCAGAGUCAUCGUCAAGGAGGAGAAGAAGGUGAAGAGCAAAGACAAGGAUGAGGUGAAAUUACUAGGUAAAAAGAAGGCAGAGGUGAAGGCUGGUAAAGAGAAGUCAGAUGAAAGGAUGAAUGGAGGGAAAGAUGUUGUAGCGGUGAGGUCAGAUCUGCUGGACCAGAAACAGAAGAAAGAAGCAGACAUGGCCAUGAAGAACAAGAAGGUGUCCCUGCUGUCCCCUGGGGGGUCUAAGGGGGGUAGUGUUGAGCUGGUAGACAUGUCACCACCGCCCAUAAACACAACAAAGAAGAAGGGUUUUCUGGGCAUUGGGAAGUCAGUGAAAAUAGGGAAGAAGAGGAAAGAGGGGAGAGUUGAGCUUCUUCCUUUCCCCAUACUGGACAUAGCCAGCCCAGACCUGGCUGACCCUGAACCUGUCAUGCUUCUAACCACCUUCGGAACACCAGCCCCCCCUGGUGAUAUACAUACCGUCAUUAUCCCACCUUCCCCAGCAGUACACAUUGUUCACUUACCCCCUGCCUCGAUACCUGCCUCAGUACUAGAUUCCCCCUUACCCCUGGAGCUGACUCAUAACCCAGUAUUUACCCUGUUACCCCCCACCCUGAAACCUGCACCAGCAGCUGAAACCAUUAGUCGUUACACCACCUAACCCCAUCCCAGUGAUCCCUGACCCUCCUAUCAUUGAUCACAUCCCUGAAACCCUCAGUCCUAAAACCCCAGCUGAAACCAUCCCAGCCCCUACCCUGCCAGUAUCAGUGCGCCCUACCCCUUCCCCUGUUACUGCCCCAUUCAGCCCAAUACCAGCUCCCCCAGUCACCCAUAUACUCCCUGCUGUCCCCUCCCCACCUCCACCUGUUAUCGCCACUCCAUCCCCAUCCCCACCCCCUGACCCUACCCCCUCCUCCUCCUCCUCCCCCUACACCUCCAGCUGCUGAACUUGACCCUGAGUCUGUAGUAGUGGAUAUUGCUGUUAUAGUCGAGACCGCUGCCUCUCCACUUCCCUCUCACACCCCCCUCCCCUGGCUGGUGACCCCUCAGUCGCACCCCCAUCCCUCCAGCCUGAGAGGCCCGUGGGGGUCCAGGAACGGCCACUCUCGGCCCUGUUGGCUCUAGGACGAGCAGAAGAGAUGAGUCCACCAAAAAAAAGAGGAUCAGAGAUAAUCUUCAAUGCCCUGGAGAAAGCUAAGAGGACGGUCACCAGCCCUCUUAUGACCCACAUCCCCUCCAGACCUGUCACGCCCACCAUAGAGGUCCUAACCCCACCCCCCCACAGCCCUAGCCCCACCCCGGUGAAAUCGCUACCUGAGCUCCCACCAAUCGACUACGAUGACCAGGCAGGGGCGGCGGCCCCUACACCCCUAAUACCGGCCCUAGUCAAAGGUAUUGACAUUACUGUGGAGAUUUCUGUUCCUUCAGCUGAUUCUGCUCUCAACAUUCCUGAGUUUGAGGAUGUAGGAUCAGAUGUUCUGGAAUUGGAAGCCCCGGAGUUCCAGCCUGCAGACUUAGUGGAAUUAGAGGUGUCUAAGUGGGGAGCCCAGGCAGAAGACAGCACCAAUGAGAGCUGUGGCAAUGCCUAUGAUGACAUGCCCUCAGCCAAGCAGAAGGUCAAGGGUCAACCCACCAAGAAAAAGAAAGGAACAGCGAAGAGUAAGACACAGGCACCUUACAACCCAUAUGCUGAGACUCAGCUUCCGACAGAAGAAACACCCAAGACUGACUUGUUCUUGAAGAAGACUGCCUCGGAAACCCCAGAUGAGAAACAAAUGAAAAAGAAAGAAAAACAACGUUUUGAGAAGAAGAAAGAACAGAAAGAAAGAGAGAGAGAAGAAGCAAAAUGAGAUGAAGAAGUUUAAGAUAACAGGUCAGAAGGAGGCUAUAUACCAGGCUACAGUGAUGGUAGAGUCUAAAGGACAUAAGAACGACCUGGCUGUGAAGAACGGGG